AUGGCAAAUAAACGAAGUUUUCUUUAUAUAACAAUACUCAUCAUAUUAUUUGUUAUGAUUGAUCAAACUUAUGAAAUGUCUCUAGAUUGUCAAGAAGAUUGUAAGUUAAGAAAACAACUUGAACAUAAUGAAAAAGCAUCACAAAUAUGUCGAGAUGAAUGUGAAUUAUUUGGUUUACUUACAAAACAAGAUGAAAAAUUAGGAGAACAUUAUAAAUAUAAACUAUUUUAA